ACUUCGUUUGUUAAGUUGUCAAACGGAAACGCCAUUGGAAUUGUCAAAGAAAUUAUGUUAUUAACGUAAAUAAACAAGAUUUAAAAAAAUAUAUAAUGGCUCCAAAACUAAAAUUUGCGGAAGGUGAAAAAGUUUUAUGCUUCCACGGUCCCCUAAUUUAUGAAGCAAAAUGUCUGAAAAGUUCUGUUACUAAAGACAAGCAUGUUCGGUACUUAAUACAUUAUGCUGGAUGGAAUAAAAAUUGGGAUGAGUGGGUUCCUGAAAGUAGAGUGCUGAAAUAUAAUGAAGCAAAUGUGCAGCGACAAAAGGAGGUUCAAAGAGCUCAUUCUGCACAACCAGCUAAAACUAAAAAAACUCCAGCUAAAGGACGAAAAUCUGAAGCUGCUACAAGCUCGACUCCCGCCAGAGAAGAGUCGCGUGCCUCCACACCAGCCGGAAAGGAAACGGAAACUACUCCAGCACCAGCUAAAGCUACGAAGACCCAGAGUAAAGACACUCCAGCAGACUCGGGCUCCGAUCAGCCUAAGAAGAAACGUGGUCGUCUCGAUUUGUCUAUUGAGUCAGAAGAGCAGUACCUAGCAAAAGUCGAGGUGAAGAUCAAAAUACCCGAAGAAUUGAAAGUGUGGCUCGUCGACGACUGGGAUGUGAUAACGAGACAGCAGAAACUGGCCAUCCUGCCGGCCAAGCUGACAGUAUCCCAGAUAGUCGACAACUAUUUAGCCUUCAAGAAAUCUAGCAAACUACACAAUCAGGCCAAGGAAUCAGUCCUGGUCGAUAUCACUGAAGGGAUAAAGGAAUACUUCAACGCCACGCUUGGAUCUCAACUAUUAUACAAAUUCGAAAGACCGCAGUACAGCGAGAUGUUACAAGAAUACCCGGACACGCCAAUGUCUCAAAUAUAUGGUUCGAUACAUUUACUAAGACUGUUCGCGAAGAUGGGUCCAAUGUUGGCGUAUACCGCGUUGGACGAGAAGUCGUUGCAACACGUUCUGACCCACAUACAAGACUUCCUUAAAUACAUGGUUACGAAUAGAUCUACCUUGUUCAAUUUGCAAGACUACGGGAAUGCUACACCAGAGUAUCAUAGAAAAGUUCAGUAAUAUUUUAGCUUUAAGUUUGGUAAUCAUCAAUUAUAUUGUUAUAUAUUUGAGUAAUAAAUUUGUUCGAUUUAAGUGAC